AUGUCAGGGAAGGAACUCCUCAAGAAGAGGCGAAAGCUGCGAAAUCGCUACAAAAACCACUUUCUGUUGGACUUUGACAACGUUGAAGCAUCUGCCUUGACAAGUGGCAAAGUCAUGGAUGCCCAUGCUGGUGAUCCUGCCGUUUUUGCUCUCUUGGCUACAGAGGCCGCCAGCACAGUUCAUGCGACGAAGCGGAAGGAGACAGCUGCUGCUCCGCCUGUGACCUCAGCACCCCCACCCCUCAUUCCACGCACCGACUUCUCGCCAUUGCCCACCUCGGCUGCAGAUCGCCCACGCGUUAAUGAUGCCUCUCUUCGGCUACAAGAGCAGCAGCAGCAGAACUGUGUUACCACAACUGCCGGCAACCAAACUGUGAAACAGGAUGUCAUGUUGACUAGUGCCAACAAUGCACCGAUUGAGACAGUGAAGGUAAAAGUCGAUCUGCGAGCCCCCCUUUAGAUUUCCGCCACCCUAACCACCACCACCACCACCACCACCACCACCACCACCACCACCACCACCACCACCAUCACCACCACCACCACAAAUGCGGGGUCGUUUAGUAGUUGAACUGAUGGACUUUCGAGCAUAAUGACUAUUUAGCGAUUGGAGACGCUGAAAUGCCAAUGUUUGCACACAGUUACUUUCAUGGAGAUUUCCUAAAAUAUCUUUAAGGGACACAUUGCUUGAAAUUUUAAUUUAGACAUGCUACUCCUUAAAUAUUUGGAUAAAAUUAUCAAUAAUGUUGAAAUCAUAAUGUGCACCUUUUGCCUGAUUGUUUUCUCAUUCCGAGUGGUUAAACUUCGCCGCGACGUAGCCCAUAACGUCAAAACCUGGUCAGUGUUCUCAACAAACAGGGUAUAAUUAUUUUUGAACAGGCCAAAUAAAUUUAUCCUACAGUUCGCGUUUUCUGCCUGGUACCGACCCCGUGGCUCAGUGCAAAACAGAACUCCGGAGUUUGUCUUCGCUACCUUCCCACUUGACUGCCCAUGCCGGUUAGCCAAUGAAACCAUACCCUUUUAGCUGGUAGUUAGUCGCCCUUAGGGCCAGAAGUUGUCGGCCAUCACUGGUUCACAAACAAGAUUUGCCUUAUCCCUAAAAGUGAUCGCAGGCAGAAAGCCCCAGGAUUAUUUUCUUAAAAGGGGAGGCCUUGUGCUUUUGCCUACUAUGUAAUUCAUAUGGGCUUUUCGAGGCUUUAUCGGAUGCCUAUUGUUUAGCCGUUUUGGAUGCUUAAUGCACGUCCUUGUGUUGUUUGCCGUGUGGUCUUAUGCAAAGACGAACGUAUUUUCUGCUUUGUGAAUAUUUGGACAGAAAAUUUCAGUACAGCUGCCGUUGUAUGCCGCCCCACAGGUGUCAGCAAGUGUCGUUAGGUGGCGGUGAAAGCUAAAAAGUGUUGAUCUAGAAAUAGAUUUGCGCUAAAAGUCACUUAUGUAGUCGUAGAAGUCUCUCUAAACCGCACUGCAAGUUUUUGUACCUUCGUUCUUUAACAUAUAGGUUAUUUGUGCGCUUUGGGGCACCUUUUUGAAAAACUGACCUCGAGAUGCUUGAAACAAACGUACGGUUCCUCAUAAAUACUCGGGACACUUUCCUAGUCCUCCAUCAAACACUAAUUUGUUAUAACCGGCUCCGCUUGUCCCUUUUGUCCCUUCGUCCUCUUCGUUGCCAACAGCGGCAGGAUGCCAAUGUUGUAAUCACAGGAACCUUUGUUGGAGGCAACACUAACAAUUGCGGCCGUUCUGCUCCUCCGGCCGGUAUCGACCCCACCAGCAUCAGUCUGUCUGGCUGGAGCGAAGACGCUGCCUCUCUGGGUACGCUAGACCGGCUAGUGGCCCGAGGCCUGAAUGGAGGCCGUCAGGCCUGCGGCAGCGCCUCCCCUGAGACCGCAGGACGCGGCGAUUACUGUGGCACCGGCGCAGGCGUAGGCACCACGAUUGCUGCGGACACUGGCAGAAUUGUGACCCAACUGUGCGGGGAGACCCUCUCGAACGGCACUGACAUACCUGUUAACUCUGACGGUGGCGGCGCCCGAACUGCUGAGACUGAAACUGGUCGUUCAUACACUUCCUCCCUCCUCACUACAUUGGGUGGUGGUGGCGGCGUCGGAGGAGGAGGAGGCGCCAGUCUGCGCGGUACUCGUGGCCUCAGUACCAGCAGGACGGGGCAGAUCAGCAGCAGUGGUAUUGUCGGUGAUGGCAGCAGUCUCAGUGGUGGCAGUGCGACUGGUCUGAUCCUCCAGCACCUGCAUUUGCCCCAACGGAAUAUAGAGGUGAGAUUGUUAUUUUUUCCAAACUCCCUAGUGGCCUCAUUUCUUAAGCACUUGUUUCUGUGUUUGCCGAAAUUUGCAGACUGCUGAUUGUGUCAGAAAGGCACUUGUACACAUAAAUGUCCCUCUUACCUUCUUGCCUGUUGCUGAGAAUGGUAAGUUAAAAGACACGUGCAGUUACCUCCAGUCUUGCGCCGUCGGUCGAUGAUUAACUAACACGCCUUAUAACUGUCGCAUGUUUUGUUGCUGCCACUACCUCUGACGAUGGACACCUGCACAAGUUCGAAAGCUCAGAACAAUAAACAGAAUCAAUAGUAGUGAAAAUGCCGAAUAAACAGAAUGUUCUAGCGCUCGGCAACCUUUCUAUUUCACUUAUUGGGGUUGUCCUUAGGAUAGCACAGCUGUUCGUUAGACUCGCAUCGGCUCUUGAAUCUUAAACCUUGUAUCAGAUACGGUCUCGCAGAUUUAUACUCUACGAGGAAUUUUCGCAUACCAACAGUCUUAUUUCGUGACUGCUCUGGUUACUUCUUAUUUCACGAAACUGCGCUUUGCCCACUGUAUACGUCUACUGUAGGUUAAGAAACUGACUAGCAAGAAAUAAAAGCUCAAGUAAAUUCCUGAACGGGAGCACCCUGUCUCUUGGAUAGCAUUCUACCGAUGACUUAUGUAAUUGUAUCCAACUAAAAAAUCACCCCAUGAGUAACGUAUACAUGCUCGUUGAUUUUCCUUUCUCCUCUAAACUCACUUUUAUUUUGUGGGAAGGGUGCGCAAAUUUUUCAGCCCAUUUUGUAGGGAAAUAACUUUUGCAAUUUUGUGCUUGAGGGGAGUAUUUCGGGGUUUUUUUUAAAAAAUCACUAAUUCGCAUAAGUCCGGAAACAGCCUACGUUUUUAUUCGCUCUUAAAGUCCUUGAACUGCGUGCCAUGCAUAUCUGAUGCACAUUUGCAUAACCCCACACGUUUCCAUAAGGAGGCAUCCUGGUGUUCACAUGCAUUCGCAAUAAAUUUGCCCACUUUGGAUAUCUUGUGAGCAUCAAUGGUAGAAUCCAGAACAGCAGCGCUACAUGAUUACUCACGCAAGCGCCUAUAAAAUUAUCCUAAUUAUAACAUAUUUCUUUGAAAACCGAAAGGCUCUCAUCAAGUAUAAAGUCGAAAAGAUAUGUACUUUUAUGUAAAGUGAAUAAAAAUGAUUUUUUGCACUCUUCACAAGAUAGGGUUAAAGUUAUGCGUUUGCCGACAACC